UACGUACAGUGACACUCCCAGUCCCAGUACCAGUGCAGUAAGAAAAGUUCAUUUGGAUGUUCUUUUGAUCAGUUCUAAGAUACAUGCUAGCAAGAUGGAGACCGAUUCUGAUGAAGGAUAUCUCGGAGCUCUCUGGCUCGUUCUUGUUGCUAUACUCUGGGGAGGAACUAACCCAUUCUUGAAGAGAGAGGGCGCAGGCAUCGAGUCUGUGAAACAGAAGAAUGCUGUCACUCAGUUCUUCUUCGAAAUGAAGCAUCUUUUCUUGAAUUGGAAGUAUCUGUUGGCUUUUCUGAUCAAUCAAAGUGGAUCUGUUGUCUAUUACCUCACUCUCGCUUCAGCAGACCUAUCUUUGGUAGCCCCUGUAACAAACUCACUGACGUUCAUCAUCACAACACUGACUGGCAAGAUGUUAGGGGAGAGAAUAGGUGGAACAGAAACGUACAUUGGAAUGGGUCUGGUGAUAGCUGGAGUGACACUCUGCUUAAUGGAUAAGACCUGAGAUAUUCUGAUGAUCCAGAUCCAGACAGUACAUGCUGUUUAAAAGUCAAAAAUUUGGAUGCUGUUGGUGGUAUCGUAGUCACGUGGUGUGACUGGAGAUGUGAAGGUUGUGGGUUCAAUUCCCAGCAAGCUCUCCCUGCCUGCAAUGAAGGCCUCGCAAUAGGCUUGGUCCUAGUCAGCCCUUUUACGGAGUUGAUCCGUUUUGCUUCUUCAUAUUAUAGGGGGGACAUGUACUGUUCUUUCUUUUACGCUGAUUAAGUAAUUCGUCAGAUAAUAAAGAAUAAAAUAUGGAAUCUGAAGAAA